AUGUUUUCAAUCACCAGUAAAUUGCUUAUCACUAUAGUUUCAUUGGGAUUAACAAAUAUUAUUUUGUCAACCAAACUGGAAUUCAGAAGCGGCAAUUGUAAUUUUAAGCAUGAUGUCUUCUCCAACUUUACAAUUAAAUUCGCCAAUAGUAACGCUAACAUUGAUAUGAUUAUAGUAAGCAUAUUACCUUAUGGCCUAAAGGUCCAUUUGAGUUUUGGGAUGCGUAUGUCCAAGGAGAAGGCAUAUCAAAUCGUUUUUCAACAUAAUAUAAAAAACUUCUGUUCUCUGAUCAAAGGCACGCAGAAAUCACUUUAUAGUCGCUGGUUCGCCGACAUGCUAAAGCAUGGUAAUUUUGCGACUAGCUGUCCCAUUCAGAGAGGUUAUUACUACUUGCAUAACUGGGGUUUGGAUACGAGUUUGGUGCCCUCAUUUCUAUACAUGGGUGACUAUCAAUUGGGUCUCCGUUUAUAUUAUGGCAAGUACAAGAAAAAUGACUAUGCGCCAAUCCUGGAGUGCAUUAUGCAAACGUUGUUGGUUUGA